CCCACCACAAACUUCGCCAACCUUCAGACACAAACAGUGUCACGUCACCGCGUGCAGCCUCGAAGCUCCUGAAAUAAAUAAAUAACUCACAACAUGGACGACGACGUGUUAACCACCUUAAAGAUAUUAAUUAUUGGCGAGAGCGGCGUCGGGAAAUCCAGUUUGCUCCUGAGGUUUACAGACGACACGUUCGACCCAGAAUUGGCCGCAACAAUCGGUGUGGAUUUUAAAGUAAAAACUAUAGCAGUAGAUGGGAACAAAGCCAAGCUUGCGAUAUGGGACACAGCCGGACAGGAAAGGUUCAGAACUCUGACGCCCAGCUACUACAGAGGAGCGCAGGGGGUGAUAUUAGUGUACGACGUGACGAAGCGCGACUCGUUUACGAAGCUGGAGAACUGGCUGAGCGAGCUGGAGACGUACUGUACACGCAACGACCUCGUCAAGAUGCUCGUCGGGAACAAAAUCGACAAGGACAACCGCGAGGUGGACAGAAACGAGGGUCUGAAGUUCGCUCGGAAACACUCCAUGCUGUUCAUCGAGGCGAGCGCUAAGACCAAGGACGGCGUCCAGUGUGCCUUCGAGGAGCUGGUGGAGAAGAUCCUGCAGACCCCGGGCCUGUGGGAGAGCAGCGCCCAGAACCGCGGUGUCCCGCUCGGAGAGGAGCAGACGCAGGGCUACGGCAGCUGCGGAGGAUACUGCUCGCUCAUUUAACUCCCAACUUUUUCACCGGAAAAACAAAACAAACGAACUGCGAUUCCUGGCUUCUGAACGAGAAGCGAAGGUCGGCUCUGUCCGGGCAGCCGAAGGACGCUCACACACACACACCCUGUCUGUCCUUCCACUUCGGUUUCUGUAUGGUGUUUUAAUCUAACUUAUCAUAGAGCUGCGUUGAAUUACCGUUGCCGUCACGACGUCACUUUUACUGAAACAGAAGGACCGAUGCUGACAUCAUUCUCUCUCUUUCUCUCUCGUUCUCUCAGUGUGAUAAUUAUUACAGAGUAAAAACAGGGGCAGUUAAUUAAGUAGAGAAUCCCCACAGGGUGGGAUUAGUUUCUCGAAUUUAGAGAUUAACCGUGCUAAAAUUUCCAUCAAGUUCCACUCUGUGCUUUCGUCCCCAGGCCUCUUUGCUUUAUCUAAUCCAAUAUAUUUGCUUUAUUUUUGUAAUCAUUUGAGUGUUGCCUGCUUUUUUUUUCCCCCCCCUCUGCACCAAACACCAUCCUAUUUGCUGUCUUUAUAAUGUCCUCACUUUGCAUGCUCCUGGUAAUGUUUCUCGAGGAAUAUUCAUACAAAAAAUAUAUGGAGUGCUUUUUUUUCUUCUUCUUCUUUUUUCCCCUCUUUCAGUUCAUAUUGUUUUUGCGUUAUCGUCUCUGUAGUAACUUUUACAUCAGUAGAAACAUUUUUAAACUCAAUAACACUCUUCAUUCCCAGUCAUGGACCACUGAUGUGUAUUAUUAUCCUGGCAUGCGAGUCCUGGGUUUCAUGUUGUCCUAAAACUGCUUGUUUUUAUUUUUCUGACUUUCCUUUAUUUUAAACCUCUAAUCGCUGUGUUAAACACGACCGUUGAUUCACUAUUGAUCUAACAUCACACUAAAGCGCUAGAACUGUUAGACAUCAGUAGUUCAGUAGUCCUGAUUGAUUCCAUUUACACUGUUCCUGAUUAGUAGAGCGGUAGCAUGCUCGGAGAGGAAAAAGGGGUUCUGUUCCCCGUCACUGCGGGUCGCACCGGACCGGAGCAGACAGAAAAGUAAAUCCUUUACACUAUAUCAACAUUUUGUUCAGUAAUCAGUACCAUCUCACCCAGUGUAUCCAUAUCCGAGAGCGUAUAUUAAACCUGAUCUUAUUUUAAAGCCGGUGUCAGUACUUUUCUUAAAGUAAAUCAGUCGAUCUGAUUGUUUAAACCCAUCUGUUUUUAAGUGGCUAUAUGUAAAAGUGAUGUUAAAGCAUGUUACAAGGCGGUAGCCGUCGCAUUACCCGAUAUUAGCCGAACAUCUCUUAAGCAGACAGCAUGCGCAGUCGGUGUCAUCGCUUCCCGUUUGCACCGAUACACACAGUACUGUGAAGUCUGUACCAGGAGCACGUUUAACGUUACAACAGUUUUUAAAAAAGUAGAUGAUUUUAAAAAAGGGUUUUUAACCUGGCAUUCAUCAGGUUCAAGAGAGUUUAGCACUUUUUUUCAUAAUAAUGUUAAGCUUCUGUAAAAUAAAGCAAACCAAAAUCAAAUUUUAGACAAAGUUAGACAAAUAUUCUGAGCCGAAUGGUUCUUGUGCCUUUAAAGUUACAUAUUAAUAUAAAUAAAAAUCUGACAAAUAAACUAUAAACAAAUAAACCUUUUUUUUUUGAUGAAAAUUCCAACAGUUAACAAAUUGAACAUUCUUUUCAUACAGCUCGUUUAUUAGUGUCGAUCUCACGAGUAGAUCACAAAGCUGUCGAAGGUCCUCGCUGCUCCGAAUUUGCCUAAUUUGAAAGUGUGUCCUGGAUUGGAUUCUGUAUUACCUUAAGAUCGGAUCAGAUUGGAAGUGUGUCACUGAGAGCAUCAGUACUGUUUUCUUUUGCAAUAAAAUUUCAUUUAAUCUG